AUGCGCUUGCGGAGCUCCGCCACGGUGGUGGGAACGGGGCUGGUUGCAAGAGGUGGAUCCUUCUGCUGGUGACGUUUCUGUCGGCGGGGAGUGGGCUGCUACCAUGAGGUUGAAUCAGAACAUUUUGCUGCUGGGGAAGAAAGUGGUCCUGGUACCCUACACCUCGGAGCAUGUGCCUAGGUACCACGAGUGGAUGAAGUCGGAGGAGCUGCAGCGUUUGACAGCCUCCGAGCCCCUGACCCUGGAGCAGGAGUACGCAAUGCAGCGCAGCUGGCGGGAAGAUGUGGACAGUGGUGACCUCAUUGACUCCCCCUCAGAGUGUACCUUCAUUGUGCUGGAUGCAGACAAGUGGCGGGCACAGCCAGGCCCCCCAGAAGAGAGCUGCAUGGCGGGAGACGUGAACCUCUUCCUCACAGACCGAGGGGACCCCACCCUAGGGGAGAUCGAGGUCAUGAUUGCAGAGCCCAGCUGCCGGGGCCGGGGCUUGGGCACCGAGGCCGUGCUCAUGAUGCUGUCCUACGGAGUGACCAAGCUCGGUCUGACCACGUUUGAGGCUAAAAUCGGGCAAGACAAUGAACCGAGCCUCCGGAUGUUCCAAAAACUUCACUUUGAACAGGUGGCCGUGAGCAGCGUCUUCCGGGAGGUGACGCUCAGGCUGACGGUGAGCCAGCCUCAGCGCCAGUGGCUUCUGGAGCAGACCAGCCACGUGCAAGAGCAGCCCUAUCGGGGUGGAACCUCAGAGCCCCUCUGACAGCACCUUCCGGGCAGCCACGCGCAUCCAGGGUGUCGGGAUUCCGAAAGUCUGGAACCUGCAGCAGAGACCAUGGUUGGGGCCUUGUGGGCCGAGUGGCCAGGCCCGCUCCAGGCGGGACACCUCUGUUCGGGGCCCUUCAGACUCUGGGCCCGACCUGCCUUGGCCUUCCCGGCUGGCUGCAUGCAUGCCCGAGCGGCUCCCCAGCCACCCCCCUCUCUGGGCCACCUCCCUGGACUCCGAGCCCAGAGUGAACGGGAGGAGGCAGGGUGGAGGUGGGGCUGAAUGGACAGGACCCCCGCCCCCUGGGAGGCUGGAGGCGCUACUCUGGGGCAGAGACCCUGGCUGCAAGUAAAGCGGACCACGCCACACGGCUGGCUCUCCUGGCUUCCUCAGUGGGCCUGAGGGGAGCAGAGCUACCAGGAGGCCCAGCCCCAUGGUAAGAAUAGGCUGGCAGUGCACGCCGCUGUUGUCCAGCUGAAGCAGGCCGGCUGCGCCCCCCGAGGUUUGGAAAGAGGCAACCUGCCUUUGACAGACAGGCGGCUUGGAAGGUGGGAGUGCCUUGCUCCUUUCACGGGGAGCCAGAGGGAGUCAGGGAGUAAGUCAGCUGGGUACAGCUCCUCCUGUAUCCUGGGGGAUGCCCCUUUAUUUGUGGAUCUGCAGCUUCCUGCUAGGGCCUCGCACUUCCCCUGCGAGGACACCUGUGUUCUCCACCUCUGCCUUGGGACAGCUGCACCUGACAUGGCCAGGAGGGGGCGCCGGAGGCCAGGUUCUGGGUGGUGGGGUUGCCAGGCAGUGGGUGCUCCAAAGCCAGGUCUGCCCCCCUCCGCCAGGGGGGACCCUUUGACUCCUAGUGGUCCCUCAGCCCCCUCAUAAUCUGGGGUGUCUGUCAAGAGCGGCCAGGCAUGUUGUGGAGGGCCGGUUUGGGGAAGAUGCCAGGGUGCGCAUGGAGGAAAUGGGUCCCAGCUAAGCUGAGGCAACAUACCCAAGGCCCGCUGGUAGGCCACAAGGCCAGUACCUGCUGAGGCCUGAGGCCUCAGCCUCCACCCAGUCCCCUCCGCCCUGGCAUCUCGCACCAAACCACACAUGUGGAAAUCUACCAUCUGAGACCUAGCUGAACCCAAGACAAAGUUAGUUCGCCUGGUGUGGUGGCCUGGCCCCCUGAGCCAUCUGUGGGCCACCUGUCCCCUCCACCCAAUCAAAGGUCUGCACCUGUGGCAGGUGAGGGAAGGAGCCACCUUCUGAGAUGCCUGCUCCGUCGGGUCAAAGGUCAGGGGUCAAAGGGCAGAGGUCAAAGGGCAGGGGCAGGGUGGGGCUGGGCUGCAAUGAUAAGGGUUUUGGAUGUUCCUCUUUAGCUGAUGGAAUUCACACACUAACUAGAGGCCAGAGAUGGCCACACCUGACUAGCCCUCUCAAGCCCGAGGGCUCCUCUCCCAGGCUUCUUACCUCCCUCCUUGGGUGUUCUCGAGCCUGGCCUCCUUGUUUCCUGGUACAGAGUAGCUGGGGGACAACUUCCCUUCCUGCCCUGGCAGCCCCCAGGAUGUGGCUUAGGUGCAAGAGGCUUGGGGCCUGGGUCUGAGGUGGGAACACGUAUGUAUGCGUCACCCUAGAAAGUGCUGUCCACCUGCCAGCCUGCACAAGUACCCUCCAGUCAGCCCUUGCCUGAUAAGCUAGUCUGGCGCCAGCUCCAGCCUCCCCAGGGAAUCCUGCACCCACUAGCUGCCUUAGCAGGAAUGCUGCCUCGUUGCAUUCCAGCUCCACCUGGUGUUAGGGGAACGUCCAGGCCCCAGGCCCCUCUGAGCCCGCGGGCCUCGGCUCCCACCUCCCCUUAAAAGCCUGGAGGCGGAGCUUCUGGUCCUGGCAAGUCCUGCUCCCAAGGGCAGGCUGGCCGGGCCAAGGCAUCAGGCCCUGUGGCUGAAGCACGCCCUGCCUCGGCCCAGGCUGGGGUACAGGGAGCCCAUCCUUGCCCUGG